GCUAGGAGACCAGAAGCGCGUUCACGGGAUGGCUUCUGCAACAGAUGCUCGCUAUGGCCAAAAGGAGUCCUCAGACCAGAACUUUGACUACAUGUUCAAGAUCCUGAUCAUCGGCAAUAGCAGCGUUGGGAAGACUUCCUUCCUCUUCCGGUACGCCGAUGACUCCUUCACUCCGGCUUUCGUCAGCACCGUUGGCAUUGACUUCAAAGUGAAAACCAUCUAUCGCAAUGACAAGCGCAUUAAACUGCAAAUCUGGGAUACAGCAGGGCAGGAACGAUACCGGACUAUCACCACUGCCUAUUAUCGAGGGGCAAUGGGUUUCAUUUUGAUGUAUGACAUCACCAAUGAAGAAUCCUUCAAUGCUGUCCAGGAUUGGUCAACUCAGAUUAAAACCUACUCGUGGGAUAAUGCCCAGGUACUGUUGGUGGGUAACAAGUGUGACAUGGAAGAUGAGAGGGUUGUGUCAUCAGAACGAGGACGUCAGCUUGCUGAGCACUUGGGAUUUGAGUUCUUCGAGGCCAGCGCGAAGGACAACAUUAACGUGAAGCAAACCUUUGAACGUUUGGUCGAUAUCAUUUGCGAAAAGAUGUCUGAGUCACUGGAUGCAGCUGAUCCAGCUGUGACCGGUGCCAAGCAGGGCCCACAACUGACCGAUCAACAGGCUCCCCCGCACCAGGAUUGUGCCUGUUAAGAGACUUUGGUGUGGAUGCCCUGACUUUUCCUGUCCCACCCACCUUGCCUGCCUCAUGUCUUGCAGUAAUCAGAGCCCCUAGAUUCUUGACAGUUUGUGCUCUCUGUCUUCCCUACCGCCGCCGCCACCACACACCAUUUAGCUAUCCCAUUGCUUAUCCUUUUGGGGUAGGUGGUCGAGACUCAAACCCAGAGCUUCUCCACCUCUCUGUGUGGGCCUUUGAAUGCUUCAAAAGUUUCUCCCUUUAAUCUUUGGGUAGAUAGAAGCUCUACCUUCCUGUAUGCCCCCUUCCCCGGGGUCAAGAGUUGAUCAGCGUGAAAAAGGGGGUGGGGGCAGUGCUAGAACUUUUAACUGUUCUUAGUGGGUUUUAUUUAUU